CGUCAAUAUAGUCGCAGGAUCAAACAACUUAUCCACCCAUUUACUGUGUAAGUAAAGAUUUACUAUUUCAACAUUAGUUUGUACAAUUAUUUAUCUUUUUAAAUAGAUGAAACUAAUUAAGUCCUCUUUAAAAUCAAAAUCAUUCUAUACAAAAUAAAUCAUAUUUAUAAUCCUCUAACUGUGAUUUUUUUAUUUUUUUUACAAAAUAAAGAGAAUCCUUUAUUCUACUGCUGUUGAGUAUAUUUAAAAAAUCAUUGCCACUGCUAAGUAUCAUAUUAGUAAAUAUUUAUCACCCUAUAAAUUAUUUUACAAAAUGCAUUUCCAAUCUGGGCUACUAUUCAAAAUUAAUGCAUUGAAAAAAGUUAGUAAACCAAGAACUUGUAAUGAAUUCAUACUGUCAUUUUCACUACAGCCAAGUCCUAAGAGGGUUGAUUGUAGGCCUAAAAAAGUGUUUUAAGUACAUUUAAAGUUUACUUUACUACAACACAAUCUUAGAAAUUAAUUAAUAAUUUUACCUCACAGAGCAGGAACAAGAGAAGUUCAUAAUCAGUUAGAAAAGAAUAGGUAAGUUAUAGCAAUAUUACAUUUAAGUAGACGAGAUAAACUAACUGAAAGCAAUAAAUAUAUUAUAUUUGAACCUCUCUACUCCUGGUUGAUUUUUCUAGACCUGUAUAAACACAUCUCUAGAACUAAGGCUAGAUUUGAAAGUUUCUGAUAAAAUAUUAUUUCUGCAAGGCGAAAGCAGCUCAGGGAAUGUUUCAACCACCUGCAACAAUGUGUUCCAUCUCUGGAGAACAAGAGAGUUGCAACUCAGUCGAUUUUGCAGGGAGCCAUCAAACAUAUAAAG